CCUGUCGGGUCUACAAAUGUAAGAGAUAACAGAGAGUCAGAGCAGAGUGAAAGCGGUCGCAAGAAAGAUCUGCUUACAAGAGACAAGAAGGGCAGAACAUUAUGGACUUCGGUGCAACUGUGGUACUGGCAGGGCUAAUCGUAGCUCUACUGUGGCUUUUCAGAGAAAAAAGCAGUAAGAAAUAUAAUUUGCCUCCAGGACCUGCUGCACUUCCUCUCAUAGGGAACCUAGCAAAACUGGACAAAAAUGCCCCGGCUAAAAGCUUCCUAAAGUUGAGUGAAACCUACGGUCCAGUGAUGACGGUGCACCUGGGCUGGCAGCGAACGGUUGUCCUGGUAGGAUAUGAUGCUGUGAAGGAGGCACUGGUGGACCAGGCAAAUGACUUCACAGGCAGAUGGUCACUACCAUUUCUAGAAAAGGUCACCGAUGGCUAUGGUUUGGGGAUCAGCAAUGGGGAGCGUUGGCAGCAGUUGCGUCGCUUCACACUCACCACCCUGAGAGACUUUGGGAUGGGACGCAAAGGCAUGGAAGAGUGGAUCCAGGAGGAGAGCAAACACAUGCGGGAUUGCAUUGAAUCGUACAAAGGUGCACCAUUUUACCCAUCGUCCUUACUGAGCCGCACCGUGUCUAACGUGAUCUGCUGCAUCGUGUUUGGCGAGCGCUUUACUUAUGAUGACAAGCAGUUCCUGCAUCUCCUCGACAUCAUAGCUGGCAUUUUGAGGUUCAAUAGUGGUCUUCUGGGUCAGCUGUACAACAUCUUUCCCUGGCUGAUGGACCACCUGCCUGGCCCUCAACACACUUUUUUUGCAGAAAUAGUAGAGGUGAGAAACUUUAUCAAUAUGAAAAUCAAAGAGCAUCAGGAGACACUGGACGCCAGCUCCCCACGAGACUACAUCGACUGCUUCCUCAUCCAAAUGAAUCAGGAGAAGCACAAUGCCAAAACCGAGUUCCACCAGGACAACUUGAAGGCGACAUUGCUGAAUUUGUUCCUAGCAGGAACAGAAACCACAAGCUCCACCAUCAGAUACGCCAUUAGCGUGCUCAUCAAAUACCCCGAAAUACAGGAAAAAUUGCAGGAGGAGAUUGACAGUGUAAUUGGAAGAGGCCGUAGUCCCAACAUGGAGGACAGGAAGUCCCUAUCCUUCACAGAUGCUUUCAUCCAUGAGGUGCAGCGUUUUAUGGACAUCGUCCCCUUCAGUCUCCCCCACUAUGCCCUGCACGACAUCUCCUUUCGGGGUUACACCAUUCCCAAGGACACUGUGAUUAUUCCCUUGCUGCACUCUGUGCUGAGAGAGGAAAAGUACUGGGCAAAUCCCAUGUCAUUUAACCCCGAGCAUUUCCUGGACCAGAAUGGAAACUUUAAGAAAAGUCCUGCAUUCAUGCCAUUUUCUGCAGGGAAAAGAGCCUGUGUUGGUGAAUCUCUGGCGCGCAUGGAGCUUUUCCUCUUCCUCGUUUCACUGCUGCAGCAUUUUACCUUUUCCUGCCCCGAUGGACCAGACAGUAUAAACCUUGUUCCAGAGUACAGUGGCUUUGCCAACGUGCCUCGCUGUCACCAGAUCGUCGCUAUGCCACGGUGAACAGAGGACAUCCACCUACAGGCCUUUACAGGGCAGCAUUUAAGGAUCAGCUUCACCCCCUCAAUGUUGUCUUGUCAUUUUUGUGUUCCAUUUCUUGGUUCUUUGUUGACAUGGUUUUUACACAACACAGAAAGCAUACAUAUUGUAACAACUAUCAUAUAUCUCACACAUUUUUUAAUAAAAAUCUAAAUAUCCAGAGUAUGGUUUGUGUUUAUAUGCACAGUAUAUGAAGUAAGGCAGCGGGGAACUGCAGUUACAGCUCUUUAACUGUCGAUGUGAAUCUUUGUUCACAGUUUUUCAGUUGUGUCUAAUUCUUAACAAGGAUCAGAAUGAUACUGUCACAUCACAUGAUGUGAUAUAGCGUUAUAAUUUAUACCUCAUAAUGCGAUAUAACAUGAUAAUUUACACGAGGAGGCGAAUAAGUCAGACUGACUCAGUAUUUUGGUCUGAGCCUCGGUCCGAGGCUUGAAACUGUGAUGCUAAUUCCACACUUCUAAGACCCACUCGUAGGGGGACGGGACCGUAUUCCUAGAACAGUUACGCUAACAGGACCACGUGUCCAGUCUUUUAAUUGGAACUCGUAAUUACGAGCACAUUUCCCCCCGUUUUAGCUUCACUCCACUGGCUGCCCACAAAUUUUAGGAUUCAUUUUAGUUUUUAAAUCCCUUAAUGGCCUUUCCCCAACUUACCUCUCGCUCCUGACUGUGUCAGAAACUAAACUCAAGCUCAGAGGGGACCAUGCCACUGCACAUCAGACAGGCCUCUUCCCUGCCUGUUAUCUCACCUCUAUUCAUUGGCCUUUGACACAGUUUAAGUUGUUGAUGUUAUUUCCAUUUAAGUCUGUUUUUUGUUUUAUUCAUUUUAUUUGAUCUGUUUUCAUUAUGGUUUUUAUUUAUUCUUCUGUACAGCACUUAAAAAUAUAGAUAAAGAUCGGAUUGGAUUAUAAAUAAAUGUUCUUUGUUGAAACUCGUAAAACAGCACGACAGGCUCAGCAGGCAGAGAUCACAUGGAAAAACAUGAACUUUAUAGUGUGUGUGUGUGUACGUUAACCUAUCCACAGCUAAAACAAUAAUUAAAAAACGUGUUUUCUCAA